UGGGGAGCCAAGGCCCUUCUCUAAUAUGUUAAUAGUACCACCAGAUUCUGGAAUUGUCCAUCAGGUCAACCUUGAGUUUCUUGGUCGUGUUGUGUUUGAGAAUAAAGGAUACCUCUAUCCAGACACAGUGGUUGGGACUGACUCACACACAACUAUGAUAAAUGGACUAGGAAUUGUUGGAUGGGGUGUGGGAGGUAUAGAGGCAGAAGCUGUUAUGUUGGACCAGUCCAUAUCAAUGGUGCUUCCUAAAGUUGUUGGAUACAAGUUAAUUGGAGAGAUUGAUCCAAUGGCUACAUCUACCGACGUUGUAUUAACCAUAACUAAAAAUUUGCGUCAAAUUGGUGUCGUGGGUUGCUUUGUAGAGUUUUUUGGUCCUGGAGUAAGCCAGCUGUCUAUAUCGGACAGAGCAACCAUCAGUAACAUGUGUCCUGAGUAUGGUGCUACGAUAGGGUUCUUCCCAGUCGAUGAGAUGAGCAUGAAGUACCUGCAGCAGUCGGCCAGGGACCCCCACAGGGUCUCAUGCGCUAGAGAGUAUCUGAAGGCAGUUGGUAUGUUCAGGGACUAUAGCGACUCUAAUCAGGACCCUGUGUUCACUGAGGUUUGUGUGGAGUAAAUACUGUAAUCCUGUUUGUA